AUUUUAAUAUAUCAGAAGGGUCAAAAUGAAUUUAACCCUCUAUAUAUAUAUGCUCAAAUUAAGUAUCUCUGUUGCAAUGCAAUGAAUGCUGCACCCAACAAACUGCGAACCUAAUAACCACUUCCAUCACAUAAACACAUCCAUCCAUCCGUCCAUCGUAUGUGUAUUUGCUACAGAAAAUGACAGUGACGCCCCAUCCAUCUCUCCUAAUUCCUCAUCUCUUCUUCAAAAUCAGAUAAAGAAAGUUUUGGUCUUCUUCACCCCACCACCACCAGGGAGAGGCGCCAUGGCCUCAUCCUACAAGAGACUGAAGAAUGAGAUUAAUUUGUUGGACGAAGAUCACGAGGAUUUCGACAUCAGAGAGAAGGUGAUAGGGAGGAUCAGCAGAAGAAGAUUUCAGGUGAGGAGAAAACUGAGGGUGAAAAUCCCAAACCUGAAGAGGUUGUUGAGAAGAAAAGUAAAGGUAGUGAAGGUUGCAUGGAAGAAGAUGUACAAGAGGUUGAAGGAAAGUCAGUCACAUUUUGGUGAUCUUUUUGCUGGGAAUUAUCUGUUCAUGCAGGUCACUCCAACUCCCUUCAAGUAUGCACUUGAUCAUCAUCAUCAUAAUUAUGUUAAGACCCACCAACAUGAUCAUGAUGUUCAUGACUUCUCUUCUUCUGGCUAUUCCCUUCCAGCUCCAAGAGUUAUUAAUUAAUGCUUGAUAUAUACAUGCAUUGAUAUGGUGUGCUUCGAGAUCUCCUCUUCUUUUUCAAUUGUAAGAAACGUUGGAGAUCUGCUGCCUGCUGCCUGCUUUCUGCUGCUGCUUCUAUUGUUUAAUUGCCUCCUUAAGUUGUACUUAAAUUUGUUUGCAUAUUGAUUUCAAGAGAUGUAGUGCUGUCUGUCUGUGAUGUUGAUCUAUGAUAUGUUAUUGAUCUCCCAGAAAAACUCACAUAUUA